AUGGAUCCAAAAGUUCAACUGGCUCGCGAGUACUGCAAAUUGUUAGAUAGUAAAAUACUAUGGUUACUUAAGUUUACUGGAUACCUCAGAUUUGCGACCAACAACGGUCAUAUUGUCAAAAGGAACGCUACCACCGCCUUCGUGCGAUGCUUAAACUCAAUAAUCUCCGGCAAUUCUUCGGCGUUUUACAUGUUCUACGUGUUGAGCUGGAAAGAGAAUUACUUAAUACAAUCCGAAGUGAUACUUUUAAUGUUGAUCGCCGUAUUACAGAACAGCAUAUUGCUAAACAUAGCCGGCCCAAACAGAAACACCGGCUUGGUAUUGCUAAAUUAUUGUAUGGAGAUCGACUGCCAUCUAGGUAUUAAGCCGACGAAGUUCAUGAGGGACAUCGUUGUUAGGACGUUCCUAACAUUAUCGAUCUUCAUCUUUUCAUUUCAAGCAAUUAUUGUCACUGUAUUGGUGUUUGCGUACAAAACUCCACUAUCCAUACACGUAGUCGGCACUAUUUACUUCACGCUGCUUUUCAUGAUCUACUAUGACAUUUGUUUCCUUCUGACGUUUUACGCUUUCUUAGCGCUGAGGGUGCAUUACUUGAACGUGGCUAUAAUAAAGCGGGCCGGCGUGAAUGCAGAUGAGAUUUUAAAGUUAACGCGGAGCAUCUUAAACACAUUGGAGAUCCGCGAACCUCGACUCUCCCUCUACGGAAUGUGUUUCCUGAACACUGGUCUAGUGCUCCGCUUCGCUGCGUCCAUUUUCGUUUACAUCACCGUGCAACUUCAAAUCUUGAUACCGGCGUUCGAAGAAACCAAACAGGAGCCCGCGACGCUCUCGCGAAACGGAGUUUUCCUUUUCGGCUGGGGUUUU